UAUAAAAGCUCCUACACGCCAGCAAAGCUCCACUCCAUUUUUUCUCUCUUCCAUUAUUGUAGGUGACCCUUGCUGCUUCAGAAGGAGAAAGGAGAGCCGGAGUUUUGUCAUAAAAAUGAAGCUCCUUUUGCUGCUAGGAACGCUUGUCGUUCUCUCUGCAGCUUCUAACCCUAACGACCCUGCUGUACAAAUGAAGCUACGAGAUCUUGGACUGAACAACAGCGGUUUUGAACCAGAUGGACAUUAUGAAUAUCAGAGUUAUGAUGGUUGGUACAACAAUGCCGCUCACCCUGAAUGGGGCGGAGCUGAUAUGCCAAUGGAAAGGAGAACUCCGAUAGCUUAUCCCGACGGUGUGUACGAGUUCGCUGGUAGAGACAGACCCAACGUGCUCAUAAUAGCCAACCUCACCCAGAACGGGCUCACUGGGCACCUGUCUACCACAAGGACCGGGUUUUUCAUCUAUUUUGGCCAGCAAGUUGUAGAAGAGGUACUAGAUGCACAAAGGCAGGGAUGCAUUCCAGAAUACGAGUUCAUUGAAGUACCAAAAUGCCAUGCUCUUUACGAUCGGGACUGUCGUGGAGACCGAGUCAUUCCCUUCCUUCGUAACCGCUACGACUUUCAGACCGGGUACAACCCCAACAACCCUCGUAUGCAGUUGAACGAGAUCACCCCGUGGUUUGAUGGCGGCCUUAUGUAUGGUCCAUUCAAGGCAUGGACUGAUGCCAUUCGUAGUUUCCAGGGAGGAGAACUCGCUGCUAAUGAUAAUCAAGCCAAUAUUGCUGAUCAGUUCCCACAGAGCAACGACGAACUGGGUCUGCCUUAUGCUAAUCCACCACCUCCAGCAAACUUCUCUUUAUUUCCUGUCAAUAGGUUUUGGACUAUUGGUAACCCACGUGGUAAUGAAAACCCCUUCCUUCUGACAAUGGGUGUCCUCUGGUUCCGUGUACACAACUGGUGGGCGAGGAGACUUAGGGUUUUCUACAUUCAGAAUCGAAUGAGAUACAAUCUCUCCCAUGAAGAAUGGGAGAAUGACGAAUGGCUAUUCAACAGGGCAAGGCAGUUCACAAUCGCUACCCACCAGAAGGUAGUCUACAAGGAGUGGAUGCCACUCUUCCUCCCUAGCAAAUACAAUGGUAAUCCCAAUGCCUUCCCAUACAACAAUACCCCUGGUUACACCCUCUAUCCCGGUGUCAGUGGAUACAAUCCCGGUAUUAAUCCACAGGUUGCUCACAUCUUCCAGUCGGCUGCUAUGAGGUUUGGACACACUAUGGUUACUCCUGGUAUAUGGAGGAGAUUAGGAGGUGGUAAUCAAACAUGUGAAUUUGGUCCUACUCUUUCUCCUGACUUUGCCAGGUUCUCCAAUGCCUACUUGAGAUAUGUUACUAAUAAUGAGAAUGUACAAUUCGACACAAUGACCUCCCUAAUUACGAGACUCUGUAAUUCCAACAAUCCAUACAACAACACUGAUCUUAAUGACACUCUGUGCAAUACCAUCAACCCGGGCAUCAAUAGGGACGAUCCAUCCGCUGGUUCUUAUCGAGUUGGGAAUUUACAUGAGAGCUAUUUUGCUCCUCGUACUUGUAACCAGUUCUGGAAUCCAACAGUGACCAUCAUGCAGACGAAUGUAGACUCAUUCUAUCUCGGUAUGGCAUCUCAGCACGCCGAGAGAGAGGACUUCAUCAUUACUCCUGAUCUCCGUGGUUUUGUCUUUGGAGCUCUGGACCACACCCGUCGUGACCUCAUGGCUCAGAAUCUCCAGAGAGGGCGUGACCACGGUCUCUCCGAUUAUAACUCGGCUCGUAUUGCGUACGGUCUCCAGCCACUCACGAGUUUCGAGGACCUUAACUCUGAGUAUGGUAAUAACCCAGAUAUUACUGACAACAUCGAGAGACUGAGGGAUGUAUACAAUAAUGAUAUAUCAAAGUGUGACAUAUGGGCCUGCGGUCUAGCAGAGACUACUGAGGAUAAUGGUCCUGGUACUUUGUUUACUGAAGUCCUCUUUGAUCAGUUCAUGCGCAUUAGACACGCUGAUAGGUUCUGGUAUGAAAACUACAAGAACAACCAUCUUUUCACUGAGGAAGAAAUCAACAUGAUAGAGAGCGUUGACAUGAAGUCCAUCCUCAUAGCAAUCACCAACAGUAUAAAUGCUGAUAAUAUACAGGACAAUCCGUUCCAAGUCACAACCAACAACCAAUACUGUCCACAGCCUUUCCAACUCUCAGAGUUAUUCAUGGACGACUGCCGUCCUCUAGAGAACUUUGAUUACUAUGACUCAAGCGUCUGGCAGGUACCUUUCAUAUGGGCCCUCGUCUUCAUCUACAUAUUCAUCAUCAUUGGUCUCAUGUUGCUCAUAGCUGAACUGAACAAGAGGCGACGUGCCAAGAUCCUCUCCAGCGGCCGCAAGAGCCGAACAAAGAAGAUUGAAGGUACCGACCUCACCGAUAAUGAUGGAGAGGUCAUCGUCGCUUAUGAAGAGAAGGCAGGGCUACAAGGAGUCACUCGUUAUGUGAGUUUCAAACUCGGUCCCGAGAAACAGCUUAAGCUUUUCUAUGGGGAAGAGCUCUUACGUACAGUGGACCUUAGAAACCAGACCUCAAUCAAUAUACUCUUACCAGUUGACAGUGAGCUGUACUUUGCUGUUAAGAUCAAGAAUGAGUACGAUAUACUCAUACGCUGCAAGACGGUACAUGAUCGUAACGCCAUCAUUAAUAAGCUGAAGGAAUUCCUUGAGGGCUUACAGAUUGAGGUCGAGGAAGAGAGAGGAAUGAAACGCGUAAUGCUCCGCAACAUUUUCACAAAGAAACAACGCCAGCAACUACUCGAGAACUUUUUCAAGUCUGUUUUUGCCGAAGUUGGUUCUAAACAAAAUGUUGAGACCCGCACUGAUAUACUCGAGUGUGAGCUAACUAAAGACGAGUUUGCCGAUGCCAUGUCUACCAGCAAGGACUCUCUCUUUGUCGAGCAGAUGUUUGCUCUGUGUGACGCUGACCAAAACGGUUUCAUCUCUUUCAGAGAGUUCGCCGACAUGACCGUCAUAUUCUCUAAAGGAUCGCCCGACGAGAAACUGGAGCUGAUGUUUCGCAUGUACGACCUCAGCGGAGAGGGCCAACUGGACCGAGAUGAGUUUAAGAAAAUGUUGAAGAGUAUGAUGGAACUGGUGAACGCCUCGGUCACUGGAGAUCAGAUGAACUCGCUUGUGGACUCCAUGUUCACUGCUGCUGGUUUUGAAAAUAAGCAACACCUGACUGUUGAUGAUUUCAAGGUAUUGAUGCGUGAUCACAAAGAGGAGCUGAGCAAUGCAAAGAUCAGUGUCCAGGGUAUCGAGGCCCCAGAGAUUGAGGCUCCAGCCAGUAAAGAGGAGGAGGAAAGUGGUGCAGUUCCAUCACGAUACAAGGCAAGAGAGAACGCUACAGCUCGUGCCCGUCGUACCAUCAUCAAGGCCUAUGGACGUACUACAAAGCAAGACCCACGAGCACAGCAACAGCUGGAGGAGAGCCAAGUUACCCUCCAGAUCAAAAAGAAAUCCAAAUUUACUUCAACUCCUGUCGGUCGUCGUUUUGCUGCUUUCUUGAGAUGGGUCGAGAACUACAAACUACACAUCUUCUACCUCUCAAUGUUCUUCCUUAUAACUGCAGCCAUUUUUGUAGAGAGAGCCUACUACUAUUCAGUCGAGCGUGAGUUUGGAGGUCUCCGCCGUAUCGCUGGAUAUGGUGUUACUGUUACUCGUGGAGCCGCCUCUUGCAUGAUGUGGACAUACUCGGUACUCCUCAUCACUAUGGCUCGUAAUCUAUUCACGUACCUUCGCGAGACAAUAUUCAACUAUUACAUUCCAUUUGAUUCACACAUCAGCUUCCACAAAGUAGUAGCCAUGACCGCUCUGUUCACAACUGUAAUGCAUUGCAUUGGUCACGGUAUCAAUUUCUAUCACAUUGCCACUCAGACUCCCAGCGAUUUGACUUGUCUCUUCAGAGAGGUCUACUUCAGGAGCCACUUCCUACCAAAGUUCUCCUACUGGCUCUUCCUUACCAUGACUGGCUUCUCCGCUUUCGUACUGACUCUGAUAACUGUCAUUAUUUUUGUAUUUGCCGUACAAUAUGCUCGUCGCUAUGCCUUCCAGUCUUUCUGGCUCACCCAUCAUCUCUACAUCGUGUUCUACAUUCUCAUGUUCCUCCACGGGUCUGGUCGUCUAGUACAGGAUCCAUUGUUUGGUAAUUUCUUCCUUGGACCUGGUAUUGUCUACGUUAUCGAUCGCCUCGUCAGUUUAGGACGCAGCAAGGCAGAGGUUAGCAUCGUCCGUGCUGAUAUCCUCCCGUCUCAAGUCAUUGGUAUUUAUUUCAAGCGCCCGCCAAGUUUCGACUAUGUCGCUGGUCAGUGGGUCCGUAUUGCUAGUCUUGCACAGAAUCCUGGCGAGUACCAUCCAUUCACUCUCAGCUCCGCCCCUAAUGAGGAGAAUCUCAGUCUCCAUAUCCGUGCUGUCGGCCCAUGGACUCACAACUUCCGUGAGAUAUGCUCCCAGAAGAAGAGUGCUGGUGAUCCUCUCCCCAAGCUCUUUGUUGACGGACCUUUCGGAGAGGGACAUCAGGACUGGUACAGGUUCGAAGCUGCUGUCCUUGUGGGUGGAGGAAUCGGUGUAACUCCAUUUGCAUCCAUUCUUAAAGAACUCGUCCAUCGUUUCAACAUAGGAGCACGCAUCCAGUGCAAGAAAGUCUACUUUAUCUGGGUCACUCGCACGCAGCACCAGUUUGAGUGGAUGGCUGAUAUCAUCAAGGAGGUGGAAGAGGCUGACACGAAGCGUCUUGUUGAAGUUCACGUAUUUGUUACCCAGUUCUUUGACAAGUUUGAUCUCCGUACGUCCAUGCUCUAUGUCGCUGAGAGGCACUUCCAGCGUCUCUCUGGUCGCUCCCUCUUUACUGGAAUGAGAGCCAUCACUCAUUUCGGCCGUCCAGACUUUGGUACCUUCUUUGAUAGUCUUGCCGAGGAGCACAACCUCCUUCCAAAGAUUGGUGUGUUCUCUUGCGGUCCUCCUGGAAUGACUAAUGGAGUUGAGGAGGCUUGUGCUGCCACUAAUAGAUACGAGGGGCCUGCCUUCAUUCAUCAUUUCGAGAACUUUUAAAUGAGAACGUUAUUGGGUUUUUUGGUUUUAUAAUUUUUGCUGCUUUUUAAUUUUUUUUCAUCCUUUAGAGAGUUGUUAUUAGGCUUUUUGAUUUGUUUUGUUUUUAAUUUUUGGUAGUAAUAGUCUUCAAUCAAGUCAAAA